GCCUGGCGGACACGGAGCGGCGGCGCGAGCGCAGCGCCCCCCGGCGGCAGCAGCGCGCUCCGGUGCGGUCUCGGCCCCGCAGCGCCCCGGGGAUGCGGAGCCCCCCCCCGCCCCGGAGCCCCGAGGGCACCGCACCCCCCUGGGCAGAGCAGCGUCCUCCUACUCCUCUCCCGUGCCCGAACCCCCGUGGGCUCCCGCCCGCCGCGCCCCCGCCGAACGAACGGAGCUGGAUCGCCGCGGGCGGGAGGAGCCGCUCCGGGGCAGGCGCUGGGGCCGAGUCCGGACCGCUCCCGGUGCGGGACCGGGGCCCCGCCGGGGCUCGGUCCUGCUCCAGCCGCUCAUCCGACACCUGCUGGGAUUUACCCAACAGCUGUAAAGGUGCUCAAUCCAUGUCCCUUUCCAAGGAGAAAUGAGAGCAGGAAAUGAAACCCCAAGCAAUGCCCUCAAAGUUGCCUUUAAAUAAAAGGUUGGAGUCGGAUGAAGUUUUGUCUGCAUUAAGUUUGGAGUUUUUCAGGGAAUCAGCUGGAACCACAGAACUGAUGGAAAGCUUUCACAGGUGGGUCCCACUGGAGGUGUGCUGAAAGCAGGGAUGUGCAUCCCUUUCCUGAGGGAAAAGAACUUCCUGGGGCUCUGAAAUGGACUCAGCUUCUGCAGGGAGAGAUGUCCUCCCCUGGGGACAGGGGCUGCCUCAGCAUGGGCCAGGAACGCAUCCGGCCACCGCCUUCUCCUGCUCUAAAACAUCAACUGGAGCCUGAACUCAGGGGGAUGAAAUCAGCUGAAUUCCAGGGAACUCUGUCAAGUGUCCCCCAGGGACAUCAACGGGGCUGGGGGAUGAGGGUUAU